AUGAAUCCUGGGUUAACCCUCACCACCCUGCUGCUCUUAUGGAGCUGCUCAAGGAUCCUGUCUCUGCAGGAGGACCUCGGCCCAGAAGGUGACCCAUCAGAGGGGCUAGAUGUUUUGGACGUCAGUACGAGAAUCCUUCUGGCAAACCAAGGAAUUGACAACUUAGAGGAAGGAGACAUGUUGCCAUCUUACACAAGGACCGCAAAGAAAUGUUGGCGAAACCGCUGUCUCUGGCCCAAAACUUCAGACGGGCUGGUUAAAGUACCAUACAUCAUUAGUGACACUUACAAUGCCAAUGAUAAAGCGAAGAUCAAAGGAGCCAUGAACGUCUUCCACACUAAAACCUGCAUCCGUUUCACUCCACGGAAUGACGAGCAAGACUUCCUCAGCAUUGAGGACAAAUACGGAUGCUGGUCUAAAGUGGGGAAGUAUGGCUACAGACAGGUGUUGUCUCUGUCUGUGAAUUACUGCCUUUACUCGGGAGUCAUUCAGCAUGAGUUAAACCAUGCUCUGGGCUUCUAUCACGAACAGAACAGAAGUGACAGAGAUCAGUAUGUUCGCAUCAACUGGGAAAACAUCCAGUCUGAUGCAGCUUAUAAUUUUAAGAAAAGGGACACAGAUAAUCUGGGCACUCCAUAUGAUUACUCAUCUCUGAUGCAUUACAGCAGGAUGUCAUAUGCAACUCACUACAGUAAAGAGACCAUCACCCCUAUACCAGACCCCUCAGUUCAGAUUGGACAGAAAUAUAAACUGUCAGACACUGACAUACUGAGAAUCAACAAACUGUACCACUGCAGUGAGUAA